GUAUGGGUUUCGACACUAUUGCAUUUAACAUUUCCCGUUCUUUGCCACACUUGUUCUUAAUUAUUCAUUUAUUAAAAUAAUAUAUAUUUUUGUGUCAAUGGGAAUUUCUAAUGUAUACACUAAAUGCAAAUAUAUCGAAGGUAAUAUUACUGAUGGCAGGCUGCCUGUGAUAGCAGAACCCACAUGUCCUUUGCUGAAUGACUUGGUAGUAUCCGGAACCAGAGGUGGUACAUAGCUGCAAGAGAAAAAAAAAUGGCUGCACAGAUAACUGAAUCUGAUCAAGUUAAACAGUUUAAGGAAUUUCUGGGUACAUACAACAAACUAACAGAGACUUGUUUUAUGGACUGUGUAAAAGAAUUUACCACCAGGGAGGUGAAACCAGAGGAGAUGACAUGCUCUGAAAGUUGCCUUCAGAAAUACCUGAAGAUGACACAAAGAAUAUCGAUGCGAUUCCAGGAGUAUCAUAUUCAACAGAAUGAGGCUUUAGCUGCCAAAGCAGGACUUCUCGGCCAACCCCGAUAAGACAGGGCUGUGGUUUGGAUUUAUGUACAGUAUUGCACUGCUGGAAGAGGACUUUCAUGUAUAACUGACCUGUUGUCCCCGAGACACAACAAGAAUUGUAGGAUACCUUGAACUGCAAGAGCAUAGUGGCCAGGUUGUAGACAACAGAUCAUAUAAAGGGCAGUUUGCUCAAAAAGUAUUCUCUAAAAAUACAUUUAAGCAGCUACUACUUUAUAUGCGAGAACUAGCAGACAUGGUGCCUUCAGUGCCUGCUGGCCACUGGACAUAAGUGUUUCGGCAAGUCUUGCGGUGAUAAGUCAUUUUGCUUGUGUACAAUACAUGACAAAAACUUGUUUACUUCUGUGGACCAUGUUUUUUAAUUGUUGAAAGAAAAUAAAAUGUUAUGCUGCAUAUACAGACUAAAACUG